AUGGCGGCGGGCGGGCUCUGGGAGCGCGUGUGCGCAGAGUAUGAAGCAGAACAGCCUCAAUUUCCAGAUGUUCCCAAAUCAGAACGUGGAUCUGUGUCUUUGGAAGCAGGACUAUUGCAGCCCUUACGUAUGGAACAAUUUUAUUCAGCCCCUGCAGCAGAUACUGUUGUCCAACAGUCGCUUCCCAUAGCCGAGGCAGCCCCCUUUCCAGAACCACCUGAUCCAAAAACAUGUUCUCCUCGAGAAUACUUAGAGUAUUACAUAUUUCCAGUACUCUUACCCGGAAUGGCUGAACUUCUGCAUCGAGCAAAGAAGGAAAAGUGUUUUGAGAGAAGAAGGACCAAAUUUAUUGCCUGUGAUUUCCUAACUGAGUGGUUAUACAACAAUAAUCCAAAGAGGAAAGAUGAGUCAUUCACAGAAUUCUUUUCCAUUCCUUUUGUUAACGACUGGCUAAAGGACCAUCCUAGGCCACCUAUUCCUCUCUCUCUCCUUCUAUCAGAAGAAGAAGCAAGCAUAAUAAUUCAGUCCUUCUGGAGAGGUUAUCGGGUCCGCUGCGAUAGUGAAAUACAAGAGCUACGUCAGUGGCAAAAGAAGUUGAGAGAGGACAAAAACAUUUUUCAGAGCGUGAGAGAAUUCUGGAGUAAUCAAGAAGCCAAAGUGGGAAGCAAAAUGGAAGACUCAGAAGAACCUAUAGAAAAUGAUUCAACAUCUCAAUUUUAGUUUUCUCACCAAUAUCACAAAACACAGAGCUCAUGGACUAAAUGUUGUGGAACUGAUUUAGAAACACUCUUAGCAUUACAGUUUUACUUUUACAUGUGAGGUGCUGUAAAUCAAAGGGAGACUAUGUAAGGCCCCAGCAUUUUGAGACAAAGUUCAGUCUUAGUGUAAGUGAGCACAAUUCUGUUAUAACAGAUGGAAUUGUGCACAUUUAGCCAAAAAUUUUGAGUCUGUAUUUAUCUUGUGUUUCUGAAUGCUCACUUGCAAGAUUUCUGGCAGGGAGAAAACUCUGGAUGAAAUAAGUGGGGUUAUGCCCAUAUGUAGGCGAGUGUUAAAACUAAGGCAAAAAAUCUUCAUUUAGUAUAAAGUGGAGUAGCUUCACUGACUUAUGCAGAGCUGUGACAAUUCACACAAAUCCAGGCUCUGUUCAUAAUGGUCUGAUUUUCAGAAACGCUCUGCCUCUGCAAUUCCAAGUGAAGGCAGUGAGAGCUAGGGUUGCUCUGCAUUUCUGCAGGGGGAAAAAGUCAAAGGCCCUUUUGUUACCACUUAGCACAUGUGCUGAGAAAAUGUGAAGUUAAGAUCACAGUGAUAGCAUUUUCAGUGAUCUUGUGUAUGUGUACUUACAUAAGGUGCAAGCAGAACAAAAAUCAGAUGGGGCCCCCUGCUAGAGAAAUCUCAUUAUUUUUUUAGUUCAGUCUUGUCAAGCGUGUUGCUAUUUAGGCCUUUAUAACUUCACAAUUAGAGAAGAUAGUUGCAGUUCUACUACUAAUUCCAUACAAAUCAAACAAAGGUCAAGUUGUUUUGAAUGAAAGCAUGAUAAAACACGGAUACUCUCUGGCUCUUGCUGUGGCUCAACAUGGAUUUCUUCCAUCACUUACACAGACUUUGUCUUCACUGUUAUCCCAGUACCCACCCCACUUUUUUUUCCUGGUUUGUGACACUGGUUGUUGCAGCAGAUCAGACCAUUUGAAGAAAAAACUCUCAACCUGCAUUCUUCAACCCCAGCUGUAUGACCCCAUUCCCUCCUUCUCUCAGGCACUACCAAUUGAGCCAGUACAGGAAACUGCUGAGCCAACUGGAAAAUAUAAAAGUAUUACUUGUAGUGUUCAGAGUUUGGCUGCUCAGCUCCUUGACUGGCUCACAGUGGGUUUGGUGGGUGCCAGAACCUAAGGGUAAGUGUGGGAAUGUGGCCCUAAACAAUAGGUGCCAGUAUCCUUUAGUUCAACUUAGCUUAUAUUGCAGA